GUCAACUAUCUUGGCGCAUGCUCGAACAACACGUGCGUAUAGAGCGUUAGUGGGAGAAAACUUCGAAACUUUGUGUGUUUACUCACGAAAUUCCACUUUUAUCCUACUUUAAAUACUUUUAGCCGUUUCAGUUUCACGUAGUGAUGGUUUCGUUCAUCUGCAACGCUUGUGGACAGAGUAUCCGCAAGAAUCAAGUAGAAAAACAUUACCAAACUGUGUGCCGAAACUGCGAGGUCCUAUCUUGUAUAGACUGUGGCAAGGAUUUUCAUGGUGACGAAUAUGCAGGACAUACAAGCUGUAUUACCGAGGCAGAGAAAUACCAAGGGAAGUUGUUUAAACCCAAAGACAAACAGAACAAAGGCGAACAAAAACAGCAGCAAUGGAUUAAGCAAGUACAGGAUGCUUCUAGAGCAGAGGAUGAGGAUCCCCAGAUAAAAGGACUUCUGCGUAGACUCAAACAGUACUCAAACAUCCCAAGAAAGAGAGCCAAAUUCCAGAACUUCUGCAAGAACAGCAUCAAUGUCUAUGACCAGGCAUUACUGGAGAGACUUUGGGAUGUGUUCUCUGGUGGUGACAAGAGCACAUCAGAACAGAACAGCAACCAAUCAGAGAAUGGUUUGGAACAGAACGAAAAUGGUAGCAAUGGUACUGGUGUUGAACCCAGUGAAACAGAGAAAAUUGAAUCGGAGAAAAAGAGAAAAAAAGGAAAGAAAAACAAAAAGGAUAUGGAGACACAGGAAACAUUAAAAACAAACAACAAUAAGAAAAUAGAGCAUCAUGAACUGGCUGAUAAGAACAAGAAAUCUAAAAAGAAACGGAAAAGGGAUGACAAUGAUGAAGAAAAUAAUGUGGAAAGCUCUCCUUGCAAAAAAGUCAAAGGAUCAGAACCAGGGGACACAACAGAGGAUAAUAAUCAAGAUGAGAAACAAACAGAAAAGUUCAAGUGGUCUUCUAUCAUCAAGAGAGUCCUAAGAGAAGCCCCAAACAAUGAGCUGUCUGUCAAAAGACUUAGGAAAAAGGUCUUGACCGAGUUUCUGUCACAUGGAGGAAGUACAAAGUCCUAUAAUAACAAUGAAUUGAGAGCUCUUUUUGAAAAAAAAAUUAACAAGAACCCAAGUGUCAAAGUUAUGAAGGAAAGAGCAAAGCUUUGUACAUAGCAAUUAAAACAGUGAAUAAACUUAAUCUUUUUAUUAAAA